UCUUAUUUUUGUAAUUACUAUUCCUCUUUUUCUAUUAUGUGCAGAAAUAUGAGGAAUCAUGAUAUAGCCGCAAUGAUUUUUUCUCUUAUUUAGAAUUGCUCCCCACAGUGAUAAAGGUAUUUUGGGCUCUGUUCAAAUGUUUCCUACGUCUAUGGCAGUCUAUGGCAUUCAUAGAUUUGUUUACUUUUUCGAAAAGAUUAAUUAUUUUAACUGUGUGAGGUAAAACAUUUUCAUUGUUUCAAUAAAGCGCACAAAAUUGAGACUUCUCUGUCAUAAGGAAAGAUCGUAUAAUUAUGGUGAUGACAUGAUGAGUAACAAGAAGCAGAUAAGAAACAAGGUUAUAAGAAACAGAUAAGAAUAAUUACUGUACUGUACUGUACUUGGUUUGGUCAGAGAUGUCCAGUUCGUGAAUAUUGUUUAUCGCUUUGAAAGUGUCGACGAGAAAAUUUGCAAGGAAAAUGUUGUGUCGCGAUGGAGCUGUUAGUUUGUUUUGCUUUAUCGUGACGAGUCUAGUCUGUUUUUUCCCUGAACUACAAUUCAGGUUAGGAUUCAAUAUUUAUGCCGCAUAUUUUACAAAUAUCUGGCUUCCACAUGUGAUGCAGUACAUUCUCAUAAAUGUAUUCGCAUUUCUGAUAUUUCGCGGUUUUACUUAUCAAGUGGCAGUCAGAGCAUUGUUUCUUGGAUAUGUAUUUGGAAUUGGUAUUUUAGUAUCGAUCAAUGCUCCGCCAUCAUGGCAGGUGUUUGGCAUUUAUACAGCGGUAUUAACAAGUUUUCAUUAUUCGGAAUUUCUAGCUAUAGCAUGGACGAAUCCAGCUGUAUUAUCAAUCAACAGUUUCAUUCUCAAUCAUAGCAUAGAAUAUGGAAUAGCAGCAUGUCUUAGUUGGACCGAGUUUCUUAUAGAAAGGCAUUACUUUCAAAGAAUGAAAUUGCUGUCUCCUGUGUCUUAUUUUGGUCUGGCAUUAUGUAUUUCUGGUGAAAUUAUGAGAAAGCUAGCAAUUUGUACUGCAAAGCACAAUUUUAAUCAUGUCGUACAAAGUGAAAAAAACGACAAUCACGAACUUAUUACACAUGGUGUAUAUAAUAUUUGCAGGCAUCCUAGUUAUGUAGGGUGGUUUUAUUGGUCUAUAGGAACACAGUUGAUACUUCAAAAUCCACUAUGCAUUCUUGCAUACACAUUGAUGUCAUGGACUUUCUUCUAUGAUCGUGUUCUUAUUGAAGAAAUGACUUUAUUAAAUUUCUUUGGUGAAGACUAUGUUAAAUAUCAAGAAAAAGUAGGUACUGGACUUCCAUUUAUCUCUGGAUAUAAAAUCAAUUCGUAGCAUUUAACACUGCUAUAAAAUCUCAUUUUAUAUAUUUAAUUUUAAUAUAUUAAAAGAAACAUGUUUUGUAUAUUUAUAGAAAUUAAUUUCAUUAAUCAAAUAUAGAAGUUUUUUUUAUAUAUAUACAUUUAUAAAAAGAUAACUUAUUAACUGUCACCAUCACUGGUUUUGUUUUCAUUUAUCAUUUAAAUAAUUUUAAUUAUUUGUGAUAUAUAAUUAUAUGUACACUUGAUGCCAAUUUACAUAUUCAUUUAAUUGUAAAUUUCAUAUUUAAAAAUUUUUAUGUAUGAAUAAAUUCUCAGGUUUAACAUAAGUAAUACUUGUUACUAAAUGAUUACAUGUAUGCGCUGCUAAAAAUAAUAAUAUAUACUUUUUGCAAAUAAA